AUGCCCGAAAGCCCGGGGAACGAUAUGGAGUCCAUAUUGAAUGGGUCUCUGUCAGAUGGUCGUUAUACGUCGGGUUCUCCUGAUUCCCUGGAUGAAACGUCGAUCAUCGAUGAGGGCUCCGUCUUGCUUGAGAAUGCUGGCCAGGACGCAGACAAGGAGCUGGCAGCUGAAGCUGCUCAGACGAAUGCAUCACCCAAACUGCAUCCCCUGCAAAAAGGCCAAGGGCAACUGUUGGGUCAACCAUCCGUGUUCAUAACUACCGCAUUGGUCUGUUUUUCUUUGGGGACGUUCUUAGCCCGGUUCUUCAGGGCUUCUCAACAUCCUAAGUCGCAAGGAAAGCAUGACCAUGAGAAAGAACAGCACACACAACUGCGACAAGAGCAGGAGCGUGAAAGCGAUGAGAAAGGAUCUGGCAGGGGGUUGGCGCAACAGCUGGAUGAUAUGGUGCGGCUGCAACCAGUGGCUACCCAGCUAGCGGAGGCUAUACAAGAUCCGGACUGUCACUACGCUUUUUCGGAGUUUCAGGAAAGUUUGGCGGGAGCCAAGGAGUUGCAUGCGCUCGUGGAGUCUUCUUCUUUGAAUCGGUGGGACACACCUGAAAGUGUAAUGAAGCCGGUUUUGAAGAAGGGUUUGUCUGCCUUGUCUGAUUUGUAUGAAAUAGCCCGGCAACAUGGAUUGACUAUGUUACGAGAUACACUUGCUGUUCAUCCUGUGCGUGAGUUCUCAUCUGAGGAGCUCAACAUCAUGAAGACCUACAUAGGUUCAACCCUUGCAGAGGCGGUACAGCACCACCUGAGCAGUCUUAAGCUAUCGUGUCGGGCGUUUGCGGUGAAUCUGGAGGAGACGGAGGCAUUGCUAGAGGGGUUGCCAAAGCUGGAGCGGCUUGAGGAUGGGAAAGUCGUAGUUGCUGUUGCGGAAAACUUGAAGUUCAUCCAGGCAGCACAUGAAACAGCAAAAACAGGACGACAGUCUGCUGAAGAGCUAUCUUUCAGCGCAGUUGCUGUGACUCUGUCUCACAUCGUUCGUGGCCAGAUGCGCCUGUACAAAGACUAUCGCGACUUUAUAGAGGAGAAGCGUGCCAUGUGCAUUGAUAAGAGAGAGAAGCUGCAGUCUAGUCCGCAAGCCACCGAGGCCAUGAACGAGCUAGACACAGUGGAGAAUCUGUUAAACAUAGGAGAGCAGCUGCUGCAGGCGUAUCGUGCAGAUAUCGAAGAGAUGCAAAAUGCAAGGGAAAUAAUACCAGCAGAAGCAAUAAGACGAAAUGCAGAAGAUAAGGGAAAGGCAGUGAAGCGGGUGGUGGAUGAGAUCUCUCAGCUGGACUUUCCACUUGACGAGACCGCCAAUGAGGACAGUGCGCUAGAUGAAGCUUACGAAGACAUAUCUUCAAGAGCUGGUGAGGAUGCGUUAGAGGCCAGAAGAAGAGUAUUAGAAAUCCACGAGGAGGUGCAGUCGCGGUUUCCCCCGAACUUGUUUUCUUCACAAGCUGGGGAGGAGCAGGGGCAGGACGGGUCGCUGAGCAAGCCGCGUCUUAAUCAGGCAAUCCUGAAAUCGGUGAUCACGUCGCUGCAGCAGGACAAAGAAAAUGUAAGGACGGCUCACAAACAGGCUGCCGCUGCAGCUGAUGAGAUUUCAGAAGGCAGCGAUGAGGGAACGGCUGGACGAGAUUUGGUGGCUAAAGCAAGAAAAGCAGCUAUGACUGCAGAGGGUAUCGCCGGGAAUGCCGAGGUCCUGUUGCUGCAUGCACAGCUGUUAGAGUCGCUGGAAUCCGACUUGCAGGUAAGCGCCAAGCUGGCGCAGGUGGGAGCAGAAGGAACAGGAAUGGCAGAUAUAACAGCAGAGGAACGACAACCCUGGGUAGCGGAACUUGUGCAGAAGCGAAAGCUACAGGUUGAAGCUGUAGAGAGGGCACUGCAAACGGCGGAGUCCCACUCGAGUUCAAGCGAUUUGGCAUUGGCAGCUGCCUCCAUGAAGAAUGCAGCAGUAGAAAUUGCAUCGGUUGUUCAUAUGCAACAACUGAAACAAGCCGCAGACCUCAGCGUGAAGCACCCAUAG